GCAUACUCUCCAUUACAAAUGACCUAAUCCUAAGCAUACUCUCCAUUACAAAUUUCGCUGAUUGGCGCGUCGUAUAUAGACUCGACAUACAAGAAAUUAAAACUAAUCACGAUACGAAAUUCAGUGUGCACGCCGGCCAAUUGAGAAUAAUCAAACGCCUAGAAUUUAUUUUAUUUAUAUUAAUCAACAAAGUCAAAGGCAGAGGCAUCCAAAAUCAGAAUAGCGCCGCAGACGUCGGAUGAUUCCUGUCAGAAAUCCUGCAAAUUGCAUAUUUUGUUUCCGGAUAUUGUUUGCUUAAAACUCAGGGGAAUCUGUUAGGGUUUGUAGUCGUAAUCCAUGGCGUACGUAGAUCACACAUUUUCCAUUUCAGACGAAGAACUGUCGGGGCCUUAUGUUGUGAAUAAUAAGCCCCCCAUAAAGGAGAUUUCUUUGGCCUUGGCUCUGCUCGUCGUCGGCACCUUCGGUAUGAUCAUGGGCUUCAUCAUGCUGUACAAUAAGAUCGGAGGCGACAGGGGUCACGGAGUGUUUUUCAUGAUACUUGGAGCGCUGCUAUUUCUUCCAGGGUUUUACUAUACGAGGAUUGCAUACUAUGCUUACAAGGGCUACAAAGGCUUUUCCUUCUCAAACAUUCCUCCAGUUUGAACUAACAACUCCCGUGCAACUGUUUAUGAUCAUGAUGAGAGAUGGUCAAUGCAUUUUUUAGAGUUUUUUUUAAUUUUGUUGUAAAUUCAGGACUGUUAUUUUGCCCUUAAUUCUUGUUUUGAGUACCACCUUAUAAGAUGCUAGCACUGAUCAAUGUGGUGGAUUUUGUUAGUCUGUCCCCAUUGGACUACAACUUGUAGACAUUGGUUUUGAUAUAAUCAAAUUUUGCCACUUGUAAAUCCAUUUUAGUGUAUAGCCUUACAAUUGAUUUGAGGUUGAUGCUGUUUAUAGGCAAGGGAUGCCUUAAGAGUUUAGGAAGUGUGCUACACUUGUACAGAGACAUUACACUUGUCUACAUAUACUUUUAGCUGUAAACAUUUAUUAGUGGAAAGCAUAAUUGGUGUAUAAGUAUCUCUUCA